AACCAGGACUAAACCAGGACUGAACCAGGGACUAAACCAGGGACUAAACCAGGGACUAAACCAGGGACUAAACCAGGGACUAAACCAGGGACUAAACCAGGUCUAAACCAGGACUAAACCAGGACUGAACCAGGGACUAAACCAGGGACUAAACCAGGGACUAAACCAGGGACUAAACCAGGGACUAAACCAGGACUAAACCAGGACUGAACCAGGGACUAAACCAGGACUGAACCAGGGACUAAACCAGGGACUAAACCAGGACUAAACCAGGACUAAACCAGGUCUUUCCUGUCUCUCAGAUGUCCUCGUCCUGUCUCUCGUGUGUCCUUCUGGUCAUGGCUUCGUCUUUGGCUCAGAUUCCGCCCCGGGACAGUUUACCUCGGUCCUGCCGGUGCCUGGCUCUGGACUGUCCCUGCUCUCACUCUGGACUCAGCUCCGUCCCCUCGGUCCCGGCCCAAACCCGGACUCUGGACCUGGACUAUAACCAGAUCACCGAGAUCCAAAGACAAGACCUGGGAUCAUUGUGGGAACUGCGAGUCCUGACGAUCCACGCGAACAGACUGACCCGGAUCGACCCGAGGGCCUUCUCUGGUCUCUGGAACCUGAAAGAACUGGACCUGUCCCAGAACCUGCUCUCUGCUCUGGACCAUCACUGGUUCAACAGGCUGGGGGCGCUAGAGAUCCUCAAACUGCACAGGAACCCGUACAAAUGCCUCGGUUCUCGUCCUCUCUUCCAGAGCCUGGUCCGACUCCGCGUCCUGAGUUUUGGAGGAGACUCUCUGGAGGACGUCCGAGUGUCCGACCUGAGGGGCGUGGGGGGACUGGAGCGACUCCGCGUCGACGCCAACGGCCUCAAACGGUACGAUUCCGGGGCCCUGGCUCAGAUCUGGCCCCUGGACCAUGUGACCCUCAGCCUUCGUUCUCCGUUUGCGUUGAAUCAGACUCUGGCGUCCGCUCUGCUCCACGACGUCUCCGAUCCUCAAACUCAUCUCACUUUGGAGAAUCUGAACCUGAGCAGCAACCGCUCUGUCCUGCCCCUGAGAGAGGCGGCUCAGAGGAGAGUGAGACAUAUUUCGUUUCAUAACGUCUUUGUGACGGACGCCACGACCGUCAAACUGUUGGAAGUGACAGACGGCGCCCCCAUCACCUCCAUGUCCCUGAGCAACUCCACCCUGAGCGGAGUCGGGAGUUGGGAGAAGGCGCGUUGGACCGACCACAUGAGCCUCGAUGAGGUUUUUGUCAAAGACAUUGUGCUGUUGAAUAAUUUUGAGUUCACGGCGUUUCUGUCUCUGAGUUUCCUUCUGCAGUUUCCUCGAAAAAUCUCCCUCAUCAACACCAAGGUUUUCGUGAUGCCGUGUCCCACCUCGGUGCUCUUGAAGAAUCUGGAGUUUUUUGACCUGAGUGAAAACCUGCUGACCGACAUGACCCUGACCGAGACCCUGUGUGCGGGAGCCGGGGUGCUCAAGGGCCUACGGGUGCUCAACAUCAGCGCUAAUGCUAUCAAGUCCCUGUCUCUCAUCAGCCGAAUGGUGACUCGUCUGACCAAACUGACCCAUCUGGACAUCAGUAGAAACAGCCUGACCUUCAUGCCUCAGUCGUGCCCGUGGCCCCAGUCUCUCAGGUUCUUAAAUAUGUCCAGGACCAAGUUCACCAGCGCCACCUCCUGUCUGCCUCCAACACUGCAGGUGUUGGACCUGAGCUAUAACGACCUGGAGAGGCUCUUGGUGGUGCUUCCUGCCCUGAGAGAGCUUCACUUGUCUGGGAACAAGCUCCUGACUCUGCCCCCUGGAUGGCUCUUCCCCAACCUCCAGACCCUCACCGUACAGAUGAACACAUUGAACGUCUUCACUCAUUCCGACCUCGUCUCUUUCCCGCGGCUCCAGAACUUCCAGGCCGGUCUCAACAAAUUCAGCUGCUCCUGUGAUUUUGUCCCGUUUUUCCAGUCUUUAUCCGACGGAGAAAUAAACAUAACUUUAACAGACGGAAUCCACAACUACUUCUGCGACUCCCCUCUCCACCUGCAGGGGGCGCCUCUCUCCCUCGUGCGUCGCUCUUUCUCAGAAUGUCGACAUGUUCUUCUUGUUUCCAUCUGCUGUGGACUGGUGCUGGUUUUCCUGACGUGUUUGGGCGUCGUCUUGUGGAAAGUUCACGCGUUCUGGUACCUGGAGAUGAUCUUUGUGUGGCUGAGAGCGAAACAGAAGAGGAGGAAGAGAGAGAGGAAGAGGAGGGAGGACGGGGACACGGAGGACAGGCCUCUGGUCACUUUCGACGCCUUUGUGUCCUACAGCGAGAGGGACAGCGCCUGGGUGGACAACUACCUGCUGCCCGAGCUGGAGCAGACGGGGUGUUCUGCUGAGCCCAGACCUGAGCCCAGACCUGAGCCCAGACCUGAGCCCAGACCUGAGCCCGGUCCAGACUCAGGUCCCGGGCCGGAGCCUCUGAGGCUGUGUCUCCACAGGAGGGACUUCCUUCCUGGACGUUGGAUCAUGGACAACAUCGUGAUCGCCAUCGAGUCGAGCCGCAGGACUCUGUUCGUCCUGUCACACAACUUUGUGCGAUCCGACUGGUGCAAGUACGAGCUGGACUUCACACAUUUCCAGUGUUUGGAGGGAAACUGCAGAGAAGACGCCGCCAUCUUGGUUCUUCUGGAGCCGCUUCACCACGACGACGUCCCCAAACGAUUCUGCCGCCUCCGACGACUCCUCACCUCCACCACCUACCUCCAGUGGCCCCAGGACCCCGCCCUCAGGGGCCAGUUCUGGACCAGUCUGAGGCAGGCUCUGAGUCCAGACCAAGACCAGGACUAGACCAGGACUGGACCAGGAUUAGACCUGGACUGGACUGGGACUAGACCAGGACUAGACCAGGACU